GAGAGGGCAGAUUGAAGGAAACUGUCAGAGCAGACAGGAAAGUCCCGGACCGAUGGCUGCUGCCACCUCUUGAUACAUGCUGUAUGGGUACGGCCUGUGUUCUGACUUCGCCGCUGUCUCAAGGGUUAAGGGGAGGGUAUAUAAUUCACUCGCCCGGGCGCUAACUGGAGCGCUUUCGUGGGAUCUUCAGAGGGAGAGAGGGUGCAUCCCCGUAACUCCCUCCCUCCGCGUCGAUGCUCAUUUCUCCAGCUGGCACAGGAGUGUGAGCUGCUCCUCCCUGAUUGUUAGCUGCGCGGUGCCCUCCUUGGACUGGAAAGGCUGCAAGCCUGAGGCUGUCAGUCAGGAAGGGGGCAAAGCAGGGAAACUUCGAUCGCCGCUGGGAGCUCAUCUGUGCGCCUCUGCUCCACCGAAUGACUGCCUCUUUCCUUGCUGUCAUGAGAAGACUAAGCACAUGAGCAAUAACUUCAGAACUCCUCUAGGAAAUGUUGCUAUGAAGAAAGAAGUUAGAAAUGACUGAUGUGGAGCCUGUGGUCACAGAUUUUGCAGCAUCGGGAAGGGCAGGCCGCCGAAAUGCCUUACCAGAUAUUCUGGGUUCUCCAGCUGGGGCUGGGGCAGGGACUUCAGACCUGCCACACAAACUAGCUGAACUUUCUGUGUCAAAAGAUGAAGAAGCAGAGGGUGGAGAAAUAUCAUCUGAAGCCAUGUUGGAAAACCCAGAGAUAGAAGGAAAAAGCAGUGCCUCCUAAUCUCUAGAGAUUGCUGGAUUUACAAUGUCCAUCGACAGACUUUACAAAUGUUCUGCUUUUCACAGGUUCCAAGCCCUAGUAGAAACUGUAGUGUUCUGGGCAGGACUAUUCAACACAAUUGUAUCUGGAUGACAUUAACUUGCAGCUACUACUUAGGGUUUUCAUGCUGUUUUCUACUGUAGUCCAUUAAAAAGCAAGUAAUCUACAAAUCACAACCAGGAAAAAGCUAAAGAAUGUAUGUGGUGUUUUUUAAUUGUUAUCAGUUGCACCAUAUUGAUACUAAUCCAACCAAACCUUUUUUGAUCAUUUCAAUGGUUAUGGUUAACAGUUGUACAAAAGACAAUAACUGUGCUAAAUAUAACUCCUGAUUAAUUUUCCAAAUUAUUUUUUUCAGUGACACCAAGUCUUGUUUCCCAUCCAAGAUGAGAUUAUGUCAAGUGUAUUGGGAUGCAGAUAGGGAGGGGAUUUUUCUGACCUUUAAAGAUAGAAGAAACACAUACAUCCAUGAUGUACAAACUUUUGGAACUUUCAGAGGUUUUGUUCUCUUUGGGAAUAGAAAAGGGGUGAAAAAGCCUGAAACAAAACCAUUUUUCUCCUCCUCUUUUCCAAAAUGUUCUAUAUUCUUCUUAAAAAACAAAAAAAAACUUUUUGAAAAUCUCUUCAAUUUAUUCAGCCCUAUCCCCAGGCAGAUAAUCUCUGGGUUCUUCUAUUCCCAACAAUCAUACUCCUUCUGUCUUCUCUGUGCACAGCCUCAAUACUCUAUUUGUUCAGAUGUAUUUAAAAUAAAAUAGCAACAUUUGUAAGUGAUUUAAAUUGUUUACUCUCAUCCUGGAUAUUAAAUAGAUCCCAUUUC